AUGGGGGGCAGGAAGGCGUACUCGUGCAUCCCAUGUCGCAGCAAGAAAGUCAAAUGUGACAGACAUAGGCUGUGCGGGUACUGCGCCAAAAGGAGUAUACAGUGCGUCUGGCCAGAGAAUGGUGUGACCAUAGAGGACGAGAUGGAAGCUUCUCCAUCUCCGCCCACACCGGUACCCCCUGUCCAUACUCGGCCACUGCAUCAGUACAGCCUCUCGCCAUCUACAACAAGACCGGAAACAUCAUAUUCAGCUACCCGCUCGUCCUUGGUGGAUGUCCCCCAAACAGUCGUCCAAGCUGAACAGCUCGACCAUUCGAUAUUGAACGACGCCCGGAUCGAGCCUGUGGAUCAAGAUACCGUGCUUUCUGAGAAUCACGGUAUGGCGGAGAGAGUACGAUCAGGAGCCGAGAUAGGUGGGCAGAAGGACGUAGGGGUGAGGAAGAGGAAGAGAGCCUUUCCGUUCUUUAGCGGGAGCAAGGGUGGGGAUGGGAUGGUCACGGAUGAGCUGCUGGAAAACCUUCCGACGCGUGCCGAAUGCGAUAUCUUGCUCAGAGUCUAUCUAGAAAAAGUCGAAUGGAUCCACCACCCCCUCCACCUCCCUGCCUUUCUCGCCCAAUACAACAAAUUCUGGUCCAUGUCCCCCUCCCAGCGCCGAGUAAAAGUACAUUCGAGGUGGACUGCUUUGUUGUUCAUCGUGCUCUGCUUGGGUGAACAUUUUGGGGAUGAAGAGAUGGGGAAGGAUGGGGAUUUGGAAGAACGUUUGCUUGUCGCGACAGAAGAUUCAUUAUCCCACUCCGACUUCCUAGACCAGCCUUCGACAGAAACGAUCCAAACCAUCAUAUGCCUCAACUUGUAUCUCAACAACAAGAACAAGGUGAAUGCUGCGAGGUCGUUGUUGGGGACGGCUAUCAAGAUGGCCAUCUCCAUCGGCAUGUCUAGGAUACCGGAUGAGGGGCCGGGUGUUGAUCCGCAAGGUAUCGUCGACCGCGAGCUCGGCCGACGUCUCUGGUGGUCCCUCGUCACCCAAGACGCCUACACAGCCUCCACCUCCGGCUUCACCUACCUCAUCAACCUCUCCCACACCUCCACCUCCGUCCCUUCCAACCUCAACGACGACGACAUCCUCCCCCCGCCCCACUUCCACCCAAAACCCCUCAUGACCGAGGGGGGCGAGGUGGGCGAGGUGACGACGGCGACGUAUCAUAUAACAAAAGUCGAUUUCGCGCUGGUGGUGAGGGCGUUUGUGGAUCUGGUCAAUAGGGAUUUCCCCAAUGCGGAUUACGAAGGCAUCAUGGCGCUCGACCUCCAAUUCCGCCAAGUCUACGCCUCCCUCCCACCCCCCCUCCGCCCCGACCUCCCCCAACCAUUCUCCCUCUCCCAAACCAGCUCCCAGCGCUACCUCCUCCCCCAACGCCUCUUCUCCGGCAUCACCCUGCACAACCGCAUCAUGCGCCUCCACCGCGCCUACAUGGUGCGCGGCUACGCCGAGGACAGGUUCGAGUACUCCACCAGGGCGUGUUUGGAGUCGGCGUAUGCUCUGUUGGGGUUGGUCAGGCAGGAGAGGGGGAUUUUGUGUAGGUGGUGGGUUGUGUUGGUGCAGGUUUGGACGGGGGGGUUGAUUAUUGGGGUGGAUCUGCUCCGGGGCCGGGGGAGGGUGGGGCCGGGGCAGGGGGGAGAGGAGGGGUGGGGGGAGAAGCAGAGGGAGGCGUUGGGAGUGGCGGUGUCUUUACUCGAGCCGAUAUCAAAAUCGUCACCCGUAGCUGCCAGGGGCGUCAAAGUCCUCCGAGCACUUAUCGCUUCAUCGUUCAACCCACCACCACCUCCUCCUGCUCCUCUGGCGGUCCCCUUACCACCUCUCGCUCAACCUCAACCAUCAAAACACCCCGACGACAGUGGGACGGGACAUCCAGGCGAGAGUCGGGUGGCAGAGAGGGGCACGUCGUCGCAUCUUCGGUCUAAUGACGGGGUAUCGUCAUCGGAUAGGCUGGAGAGCGUGGGCAGAGACGGGGAGGGGGGUGGGAGGCGGAAUAGGCAUAGAGUGGAGCGGACAAGCGACAGCGUGAAAGGAUCGAGAGAUAUGGAAAGUCAGCGUAUGGUCGGCGGUCAGCUCACGGACGGGAUGAAUCAGUUCGAGCUGGGUCACAGUACGUUCCUUCACUCCUUCCCUACCUUCUAAAGUACAGUGCCA